CACAGACCUUAUUGUGAGCAGAAGGAAGCGUGCAUCUAAUGCUAGCUCACCUAGCACCACUGAGCUAGCCAACAUUACAGCUCAGCCGUGGAGGACGCCAAUAAUUUUUACAUGCUGUCACGAGCACAAGCCUCUCAUCCAAGAGUAGUUGCUUCCCUUUGUGCAAUGAUACGGCUGUGUAGUUGGUAGGAAGAAAAUCUUAAGUAACUGGGUCAUGAUUUCUGGAAAGAGACACUACUUUUGAGUUUUUCAGAUGUUUUUUUUUUCUCCUUUAAGCACCACAAGCCGAGUGACAUCUAGUUCCAUUAUAAUCAAACAAAGGCAGACAUCUCUACGACUCUGAUACCUCGAACACUUGGCAAGUCACAUCAGAACAAUCUAGAAAGAGGAAAAACAUUUAUUUUUAAUUAGGGGUGAACUGUCCCUUUAAGUAUUUGACAUGAUGUCGGUGUAACAUUUAAACAAAUACUAAAGAAGUCCAUUUUUAGGAAAGCGUUACAUAUGUCAUUCUGGAGGUUGUUCCCAUCCAGGAUUUAUUCAUAUCCACAAAUAUUUCAUAAAACCUUCAAGAUUGUAAGAAUAACAUUUGUCAAUUGUGAGAGUGGAUUCCCCCUGUUAAAGGUAGACUAAGUCAGUGAGUCUUGGACUGCUAGAGCUGAUAAAGCGCCAUGGUCUGUUCAUAUUCGGUGUCACAGAAAGGCCUUGUGGUUGUCAUUUUUACGAUUAACCUGUACAUGAUGCACACAUGCACAAACACACCUCUGCUCAUUGUGUUCAAAGAGCAGAAUAAUUGUGCCGUAUUACUUAUUUAUUGUAAGAUAUUGUUUAUUUAUGUAUUUUUGAGGUGACAAAAGUUCAUGUGCCAUGUUCAGAGAUUCAACAAUGUGGAGGCGCGAUCUUGAAAAGAAAAGAUGUUUGUGGUUUGAAGCUGCAAUGCUAGAAUAUAAAACUACUUGUGUUUUGUGGCCACUAGAGGGCAGCAGAAGAGCAGGUCAGCGUGAGGACGCUCUUCCUUCCUCUGGUGUCAAAUGCUGUGAUGGACAGGAAACCAACAGGAGGGUGUAUUUAGUGUUUUAUCGGCCGUUGUCAUGACUGUGUAAAGUUACGUUUUUUUUAAAAGCAGUGUUGUUUAAAACCUGUUUGCAUGUUAAAACAAAAAAAUAUACAAAAGUUCACAAUGCAAGAGAGGACACACUGAAGGCUUUGUACUAUUGUAAUAUUGUUGAUGUGUAAAUACAUGCCCAUGUUUGGUAUGUUGUUAUUAUUUAUCAGUUGUAAAUGAAAAAAAUAGUCAACCACAAAGCAAUACGUCUCCCCUCGUGUCCCCUCAACCUGAAGCUGAAGCCACAUGUCUUUUCUAAAGCAGCGUUUUACUAUGUCAACAUUUGACUGAAAUGAAUAAAUUAUAGGUUUUAUGUGACAUCUCUGGGUGAGCUGGUGGUCUUUUUUGGCUCAUGUUCAGAUACUGUGUAGUCGCGUGCCAGUGACAGUGUUUACCAAGUGGUUUUGACCAAUAAUAUCUCGCCAACAGUGCAGACACCCUCUCUGAAGCGUAUAAAAGAAAGUGACCUUUCAGCUGUUUCUGAAAGAUUCUCAAUAACAUCCAACAGUGCAGAUCACGUUCUCUGAUGACUCAGAGAGACUCCAAAAUGCUCUUGUUCCUCUUCUUGUUCGGUCUGGCUCUGAGUGCUGUGUCUUCAUCUGAUGAGCAUCAAGGGCAGCUACAGCGUGGCGCCUGUCCCAUGUUCUGGUUCAACUUCAACGGCCGCUGCUACAAGUACGUCGCCACACGUAUGACCUGGGCUGAUGCAGAACUCCACUGUGUGUCAGAGGGAGCCAACUUGGUGUCUAUCCACAGUCUGAAUGAACACAAUUUUGUCAAAUCCCUGGUCAAGAACUUUGACCCUGCUGAAGGAUGGACCUGGAGUGGACUCAGUGAUGUCCACAAAGAAGGCAGUUGGAUGUGGUCUGAUGGGUCUGCAGUGAAGUUUGUCUUGUGGGCCACAGGACAGCCAGACAACGCUGGAGGACGGGAAAACUGUGGACACCUCAACUUUGGCACAGAAUUAAAAUGGAACGACCAUCAGUGUUCUCAGACGUUCACUUUUGUUUGUGCGUCUCGCACAAUUUGUCCAUAGCAAACAAGAAGGUUGUAUGUGAGUCAGCUCAGUGACUUUCCACCUGUUGCUCUGUAGUAAAGCAUUAAGCCUGCAUAAAGAAGAACAAAUGUCAAAGUGAAUGUACUGAAUGACUCUCAUGAAUAAACUAAAAAAGGAACUGUU